GAGUACAUGGAUAUAGCGUGGUGAAUUUUGUGAAAGAACAUCAUUCACUUCUGUUUGCCUCAUUUUCUCAGCGAAGUGAGAAGGUCAUCUGUCAGCUGAUAGUGAAGGUGGAGGAUCAAGGUUCAGAGCUUUGAAAAAAGGGAAGAAAGGAAGGUGGUAUUUUCUAAAUCAUAAUAAUCCAAGUAUAACUUAGUACCCCAGAUAUCCCAACAUGUAAAAGCAGGACCACGGGGGAGGUCCCUCAACUCCUAGCACACGUCAGCAAUCUACCCCACCCAUAAUAGGGUUGGCUGUGUCCUGGAAUCUCUGCAAGUUUCUGAAUCCAGAUAGAGUGAGGAGAGGCUGAGGCAGGUUUGGAUGGGGCCCUGGCCUGCGAGAUGAAUCACUUGGCUCUGGUCGCACUAGGCUUCAGAGGGUUCAGCUGAGCUGAGGAACUCUUUCUGCUCUUGUUGGCCCCUCAUUCCUAUAUCACACGUAUCUCUUCUUUUCUGUCACCUUCCAAGGGUUUUAGCAACAAAGGAGCACACACCUUGAUCCUUGAUUGGUAAGAAGACACAAAAGAAGGCUGCUUCAGAGAAGCCAUUUGCCAGCAGGAUUCAUUCAUGUUGAGGACCAAGGAAGGCACUCAAGCACCUGCAAUAAACUCCACUUAAAUUCAGUGUCUGUAUGAUAAUUAAGAAAUCACAAUACCUUGUAUUGAUAAUUAUUACAAAUGUAUGUUCCCCAGAAGUUAAAUAUUGCCUGAAAGAUCCAAUAAAAAAUAAUGACAGCUGGGGCACCUGGGUGGCUCAGUUGGUUAAGCCUCCGACUCCUGAUUUCUGCUCAGGUCAUGAUCUCAUGGUUAGUGGGUUCGAGCCCCAUGUGGGACUGUGUGCUGAUGGCGUGGAACCUGCUUGGGAUUCUUUUUCUCUCUGUCUCUCUCUCUCCCCCCCACCCCACCCCACCCCACCCCACCCCUCCCCUACUGGUGUUCUCUCUCACGAAAUAAAUCGUUAAAAAAAAAAAUGAUAGCUACUUUACUGAAUGCCUGUCAAUUCACUUGAUCUUUCCCUAAAUCAAGGUAGGUGUGUCCCCUUUGGUCAGGCACCCUUAAAAUCCAUUGCCACAUAUUCUCCCCAGGUUUUUCUAACAGUUUUUAGAAUAUUAAAAAAAUUUAUUUUGAGUAUGAUUACACACUUGCUGAUUCUGAUUCUGCAUAGCACCCUCUGGCUCAUGUUGAGUCUGACCCCUGGUCUUGGGAAGACACAGUAAGACCUAGAACACAGGAGAGAAGAAUUUUGUUUUCCUUAGGCAAAGGGAACCCUAAACAUCAUUCCUCUCCUAAUUGUAGCCCUAGAUCGUGCAGAUAAACUGUAUGUUCUUUGUAGUAUCAAUUUAGAAGACGUCUAUUCAUUUGAAGCCAGUCAAAAUGUAGGGUGGUGUUGGUUGGGCAGUUGAAGGCCCCAGGUGGGUGGACAUGGCAUCUCCUGGGGACCCUCCUCCCCCCUGACCUGCCCUCAUCCUUCGCGUCCCCUGCGGGAACAAGAAAAGGGUAGGGCCUGUUGAGGGAAGUGGAGCUUCGAGUUUCAACCCAGUGCUUUGUUUUUAUUUAUUUAUUUAUUUAUUUAUUUAUUUAUUAUUUAUUCUUUUUUUCUCCCCCCAGUGCUUUGUUUUUAAAAGGACGCCCCCUUUUCCGUCUUGCAAUACUCCGUCUGGUGGUGGGUUAGCUGGCUGGGGAGGGGCUUGGGGGUUCUGGAGUCUCUGUCCUGCAUCUUGGGGAGCCCACGCCGUCCACCGUGGAGCCCCAGGCUGGGUGGGUGACCCCACAGCAAUAUGUGGGGGAAGCGUAAUUACCCCUUUUGAAACUGAGUCUUGGGGGGUGCCAGGAUUUUGUUUUUGUUUGUUUUACUUAGGGACUUUACCACGUGGCAGAGCCAGGAUUCAAACUGCUUUCUGCCUUACUAAGUCUCUUCAAUUUACUCUCUCCCCUCAGGGAUCCUAUUAUCUAUGGCUUCCAAGAAAGUGUCUACCUGUGGUGAACAUUUCAGGCCAGAAAAAUUAAAAGAAUGGCCAGAGCUCGAGUCAGUUGCUUUAAUGGAGGUGUUAGCUAGAGAAGACAUUGAUGAAGCUGUACAUGCAAUAUUAUUUAGAGAAAAUUACAUUGCCAAGGUUAUGUUGCCUUUGUUUUGUGAUUCCCUGUUUAGAAGAUGGCAAGAGAUGGAUGAAGAGAAGAGAGCUGUUUUUCAAAAUAAGACAGGUAUUUUGAAAACGAUAUACCUUGAAUGUAAAGACCUAGAGAAGGCCAGGCUUUAUGCCGCAUUGCCCCAUUUCACUUUUACUCUACAUGAUGUUAUUCUAGAGUGGCAUAAAGCCUCUGCGAGAUCUGUGAGAAACAAAACACCUAGUAAAUGCAGUAAGACCAUUUUUGAAAGGCAAUUUCAUUCCUCAAAGCUCAGCCAGGAGAAUGGAAGGGAAGAGAGGAAUUGUGUGGUGAGCAGAGAUCUGGGGGAGCAGGGCUGGGAUGGCACAAGUUGCAACAUGCACAAGAUGACAGGCAUUGAUUUUGGAAUUUGAGCCAUUGACACAUCCCUCCUUGUGACACAGGUUCCCCAGGGUAGAGAAGGCAGGAGGCAAAAAAGGGAGUGGAAAGGAGGUUGCAGAAGAUUUACUUCAUGCACAGGAAAUGGUGGGGUUGCCUCUGGGCUUGGUGCUGCUGCGCCCUGUGGCAGGGAGUCUGGGGUUUGGAAACUCAGAAAAGGUGCACAUAGUGGGACCCCGGAACCUGCUUUGGAGGACAGAUUGUGUCCUCACGAGGUGAGAGAAAUCCUGGUCAGAGAAAUUUUCAGAGAAAAUUUUCCCUGAAUUUUUGCUCCUCUGCCAUUUUCCUACCAUUUAUACAUCCACACCAGACCAAAAAAAAAAAGAAAGAAAAAAGAAA